UCUGGCUACAUAAUCUCUUAGGCAGUAGAAGGGUUUUCAUACAUUUAACCUGAAUCAUCUACGUUCAUGCUUUGAUCUGAUAAAGGGAAGAGUUUACAUUGUUCUACUGAACGAGAAAUGAAUUCCUUCUUAUGGGAACGUGUCUUAAGAAAUGUGUCCUUUCUUCCCACCACUCUGCUACCGAUGUCUAUGGAGGAAGCAAAUUUAAGCUGUCGCUUCAAUGAGGAAUUCAAGUAUAUCCUACUACCUGUGUCAUACUCAUUGGUGUGUUUCCUGGGAUUGAUACUGAACUCUGUGGCUUUAUGGAUGUUCAUUACUAAGAUGAGACCCUGGAACACCAGUACAGUCUAUAUGUUCCACCUGGCUCUGUCAGACACACUCUAUGUGCUCUCCUUGCCAAUGCUCAUAUAUUACUAUGCAAACCGCAGCCAUUGGCCAUUUGGUGUUUUACUCUGUAAGGUUGUGCGCUUUCUUUUCUAUGCCAACUUGUACUGCAGCAUCCUUUUCCUCACUUGCAUCAGUGUGCACCGCUACCUUGGCAUCUGUCACCCCUUUCGUACUCUAACCUUGGUGAAGCCGCAUCAUUCCCACCUGGUCUGUGUUUUUGUCUGGAUAUCAGUCAUAGCCUGCCUGGUGCCCAAGCUGAUUUUCGUCACCACUUCUCAGAGGGACAAUGACACUUUGUGUCAUGACACCAGCAGUCCGAAAGACUUUAACGAUUACGUUACCUAUGACUCAGUGGUUAUGGUGCUACUGUUUAUUCUGCCAUUUCUAGUCAUCAUGAUUUGCUACUGUUUAAUGGCAAGGGCCCUGUGCCAACCUAGAAUGGGCCUGUCCCAAGGUCAACAGAGUACUUCAUCCCGGAAAAAGUCCAUUAAACUUAUCAUAGUGGUGCUGGUUGUGUUUGCAAUCUGCUUUGUACCCUUCCAUUUCACCCGCUCCCUCUACUACAACUACCGUAUUCUAGAUGCUAACUGCCAGUCCCUUAAUAUAGUCAACUUUGCUUAUAAAAUCACUCGCCCUCUUGCCAGCAUGAACAGCUGUUUGGACCCCAUCCUCUACUUCCUGGCAGGGGAUCACUACCGCUCUAAGCUCAUCAGAGUGUUCACAAGACAGACAACCAACACCCAAUCCACUGCGUGUGUGCACUCACCUCCUGAGAACAAUAUUGGACUAGUCUUUAAGAAUCCAGAUGCCCAAGCCAACAAUGAAUCUAAACUCUAGUCAUGGAUUUUGGGUAAUUAUUUUAAAUGCAGUUCUAGGAUGCUGCCUCAGAUGUUUUAGAGACCCCAUGAGUUCUCUGUCAACAGACAAGCCACAGAGACAUAAAUUCGAAAAAAGUCUGGAUGGCCUUGUUGUUAAUACUACAUUGAAUUUGAAAGUAAAUGAAUCUCUUUGUAGAAGGAAUGUGGUUUGCUUCCUGUGUGCACUGAUAAUGUUUUUGCCAUCCAGUAUUAUCACUAGUAAUGUAAUGCUGCAACAUUACAGCUAAUUUUUAUAAUUUUGCUAAAGUGCUGAUGGCCAAUUCAUGCCUAUGGUUAUUUUAUCUGCCGAAACUGCUCACUGUUGUUCAAGGACAUAACAUGGCAGGGUAGAGGUACUGUCCACACCUAAAACAAAACCCACUCUAUAUACCAGAGAUGGACUCUGGCCUGUGACUAUUACUACAAAAAUGGCAAAACAAAGACUAUGUGUUCUAUUAUGUCUGAAUGUCCCAUUGAGGGAAAUGAAUGCUUGAAAUCCUCCUCCGAAAGAACUCAAUUGCAGUUCCAUAGUAUUUCAUGAAUAAUUGAAAUUAUUCUUCUAUCAAUUUCAAAAGAAUAUCUACUUUAUUAUUUUGCAAUUUUUUGAAUGCUGGAAACAUUAUAAUUAUCCUAAAUAGCAGAAAGAUGCAAUGGGAUUAGAUUUCCAUUUAUUUUAAUUAAACUGAGAGAAAAUUUGAGGCACAGUGAGUGAAAAGGUGAAUGGUUGUGAGGGAGGCUGUAAAGUCAACAAGCACAACUGCAGAUAUCCCCUCUUGGCUGCUUCAUUUUUUGUAUAGCUGUUUUUGUCAUUUGGCGGAGGAGCUGUACAGCUGUGUGGCUGUACGUGUGUGUGUGUGUGUGUGUGUGUGUGUGUGUGUGUGUGUGUGUGUGUGUGUGUGUGUGUGUGUGUCAGUAAUUGCAUGAGGGGGUUGAAUGAAGGAAAAAAAAUGAUGAUGGCGGAAAUCAGAUCGCUUUUGCAUAGAGCAAAGAGAUUUUCCUGAUAUAACCUCUGUGGAAAUGUUUGUGAGUGUGUAUUUUCAUAUGUCUUUGAUUUAAUUAGUCACAAUAAUUAUUUUGUUACAUUACUCUGGCCAUAUUAUUUGUUGCAUUUCAAACUGUAUUUACACUGUAUUUUGUAUUUGCUUUGAAGUGGCUGUAUGUAAGUCUUUUCAAAGAGAAACAGCACCAUUUGUUUUGCUUGCAAAAUACUUAGCAAAUUGAUCUGGGCUGCAUUUCCCAAAAGCAUCUUUAGCAUAAGUAGAUUGAUUAUGAUGCUUUUGAUAAAGGCAGCCCUUUAUCAAAUAGGGUUAACAAUUUUAACAUUUCAUUCAGAACAUGCUAUGAAACAGUGUUGUAAUGCUGCUAAGUUCUGUUAUAUGUUUUAUAUAUUUAGCCUCUUUACAAUUUUUUUUUUUUUAAAGAAUAAUUAUUUUUAUUUUAUUUUUUUAUUAUUUUGUAUGGAACUAUGAGAACUGCUUGUUGUAUAUCCAUCUAUAUGCUGCACAGAGUUUGUGGGAAAGAUGUGGGUGCCAUCUUUGAGGAGUCAAACAAAUAGCUAGUUCUUUGUUGUUAUAAUUGCAUUCAAUUUUAAUUAUACAUUUUGUUAGAGCCAAAAUACAUCUUGCUUUGUGAAACAGUGGGAAAUAUUGUAAAUAGGAUCUGCCCAUUUAGAAAUGAUCCAUUAGACAGAAAAUGCCUUUAUUAGUAAUUGGAAGUAUUAAGGGAAGUUUUUUAAUCUAAGGUCUUUUUCUAAACUAAAACAGUUUCUCUCAAAAAGAACUAGAAAAUGAGAUCCAUGCUUUUAUUACAUCACGACUGGAUUACUGCAAUUCACUCCCAUCUGCAGAUUGUUCAAAAUGCGGCAGCUAGGUUUUUAACUAGGAUUAAAAAUGGGGAUCACAUUUCCCCUGUAUUAGCUUUUCUACACUGGCUUCUCGUUAAAUUUAGAAUUUAUUUUAAAAUUGCUGUCUUAGUGUACAAGGCCCUUUCUGGCCUUUCACCUAAAUACAUUAGUGACCUUCUGCACUCUUACUCUCCUCUAAGAAUGCUCAGAUCAGGAAAUCAGCUUCUUUUAUCUGUCCCACGUUCACGCUGCAAUUCAAAGGGAGACUUUUCAGUUUUUGCUCCAAAACUUUAGAAUAGCCUGCUCUUCACGUAAGGUCUGCUCCAUCUUAAGCUAUUUUCAGAUCUGCCCUUAAGUGUUAUUUUUAUUAAUUGUCUUUUGAUAGUAUUUAAUGUACUGUUUGCUGAUAAUAAUUAAUGUAAAGGUUGCAUUUUUACUAUAUAUUGUUUGGUUGUUUUUAUAUGUUUUAUUUGUAAAUUGUAUAACACUUUGGAUCAACCUCUGUUGUUUUUAA